UUUGAAAAAAAAAAAAAAGACAUUUGCUUGCUUUUAUUUUUUUAUUUUUUAUUUUUUAUUUUUCCAAAAACCAGCAAAGUGAUGGCAAUCGAUGCGAACACCACCAUCAUGACCCCGAUAACUACACCCACAGCAACAGUACCGACUCUUGGGAAACAGACCACUGUGUGUCUGCCUGUGAUAGGAAUGACUUGUCACUCUUGUGUCCAUGCCAUCAAAAGAGCUUUAUCUCCUCUAGUGCAGGAGCAUGUCCAUGUCGAUUUACAAAGCCAUACAGUCACCAUCACAUUCGAUCCAGCUCAAGUCACUGUGCACACCCUCAUUGAAACCAUCCAAGAUUGCGGUUUCGAUGUACCGAUACCAGAAAAAGAACAACAACAACAACAACAACAACAACAGCAGGAGCAGGAGCACCACAAACAGUCAUUGGAUGUAUCCAUCCUUGGUAUGACUUGCUCCUCCUGCGUUCAAUCCAUUACAAAAGCCUGUCAGGCCUUGAACGGUCUGCAUUCAGUAGACAUCGAUCUAGACAAAGCAAAAGGUUCUUUUUCAUACCAGCCCACUCUUUUAUCACCCCAAACCAUCAUCGACACGAUUCAAGACUGUGGAUUUCAAGUCCCUUCUCCUUCUACUGAUACCCAUAGCAUGCAUGCAGCCCAUACCAUGCCAUCUCAUCCUCCUUCACCCACAUCCUCAGCCAACAUCAGCACCAGCAUACAUCACAACAUCGACCACAUCGCGCAGCUCCGUAUUCAAGGCAUGACUUGCGCUUCUUGUGUGCACAGCAUAGAGAAAAGUCUUUCUGUAGUACAAGGUGUUCACUCGAUUGAGGUCGCUCUCUUGGCCGAAUCAGCGACCGUUCAUUAUGAUCCUGCCGUGAUCCAGGUCGACGACUUGGUGAACCAUAUCAACGACAUAGGAUUCGAAGCAACAUGCAUCUCAGAUACCGAUACAGCAUCACCUGAUACAGAGACAUCGUCCCAUUUGCAAUUACAAAUUUACGGCAUGACCUGUGCGAGCUGUGUGCAUUCCAUUGAGCGUCACUUACGGGCACAACCGGGUAUCCAGGACAUCUCUGUCAGCCUCAUGACGGAAAGCGCCUCUGUACGCUAUGACCCCGCUUGCAUCGGGCCGAGGCAGAUCAUUGAUGCCAUCGACUCCUUAGGCGGCUUCCAUGCCUUUGUGUCCGAUAAAGCUCGCCAUAUCCAGCUGGAAAGCCUUUCCAAAGUCCGAGAAAUCAGACAAUGGCGUCGAUUGUUGUUGCAGAGCUUGGUCUUUGCCAUUCCUGUCUUUGUCAUUGCCAUGGUCUUGCCCGAGUGCUCCUGGGGCCGUGCUCUCGUUCAUACUCCCACAGGCUUUUUACCCGGCCUUUUCUGGUCGGACUUGCUCCAAUGGAUCCUCGCCACGCCCGUUCAAUUCAUCAUCGGGAAGCGCUUCUUAGUCUCAGCCUAUCAGUCGUUAAAGCAUAAAACGCCCACCAUGGACGUCUUGGUCGCCUUGUCCACCUUGUCGGCUUAUUUCUUUUCUCUCCUUUCCAUCGUGCGCGCCGUCAUCCAAGCCUCUCUUUCCUCUUCUGAUGCUUCUUCUUCUUUGCCCGUCAUGAAACCACCCGUCUUUUUCGACACCUCGACCAUGCUGAUUGCCUUUAUCCUCGCUGGACGUUAUCUCGAAAACAUGGCCAAAGGACAAUCCUCUUCCGCUCUCUCUAAAUUGAUGUCUCUGACACCCUCCAACGCUACCCUUGUGGAGCUUGCGCCUACGGAGGAGGACACGAGCAAGAGACCCGCCGUCAUUCUCUCUGAAAAGCAAAUUCCUUCUGAAUUGAUACAAACCAACGAUCAUCUCAAAAUUCUUCCUGGCGAUAAAAUUCCUACCGAUGGUGUGCUUGUCUCGGGCGCUACCUCUGUCAACGAAAGCAUGAUCACCGGCGAGUCUGAACCCGUCAACAAACACGUCGGCGACACCGUCAUUGGCGGCACCGUCAACGGCCUCGGCACCUUUGUCAUGCGUGCGACCCGUGUCGGCGCGGAGACCGCCCUGAGUCAAAUUGUCCGUCUCGUGGAAGACGCCCAGAUGAAAAAAGCCCCCAUCCAAGGAUUCACCGACCGUGUGGCCGGCGUCUUUGUCCCCGUGGUCUUGGUCUUGGGUCUUGCUACCCUCGUCGUCUGGUCCCUCCUCGUCGCCUGCUUGGGCGUCGAACGCAUGCCUCCUCUCCUCCAGCACGAAAUCUCUCAGGAGGGCCAAGGGGAUUGGUUUUUUGUCUGUUUGAAAUUGUGCAUCAGUGUCGUGAUUGUCGCAUGUCCAUGUGCGUUGGGCUUAGCGACGCCUACCGCCAUCAUGGUCGGUACCGGUUUAGCCGCUGAACACGGUGUCCUCUUUAAAGGCGGUGCCGUCUUGGAAAAUGGUCAGAAAGUCACCAAAGUCGUCUUUGAUAAAACCGGUACCCUCACCACCGGUCAAGUCCAAGUCGUCCAGUACCAAACAUGGCACCACCAGCAGGAUCCCGCCGCUCGUCUCACCAUGCUCAUCGAGGCCGCAUUAGCAGAAGCCAACAGUGAGCAUCUGCUGGGCCGUGCCAUUGUACAAAAAGCAAAAGAAUUGACACAACAGGAAAAGUCUUUAGACCAUCUAGGCUCUGUCGAGCAUUUCAAGAGUGUCACCGGCUAUGGUAUUGAAUGCACAGUGACAUUAACCUCAUCAUCCACUCCUUCCACCACCACCACCCCCUCUCAUCAUCUGGUCAUUGGCAACCAGGCUUGGUUGGAACAACAUCACGGCAUCGCUCUGACCAAUGAACAAGGGGACGUCAUUCGCAAAGAAUCUUCCAUGGGUCGAACCAGCAUACUCGUGGCUACCGACGGCGUGCCUACCGGUUUCAUCUCGAUCGCUGAUGUCAUUAAACCUGAAGCGAAACUCGUCAUCCAGGCUCUGAUGAGAAUGGGUAUCGACACCGCGAUGGUCACCGGUGAUAAUGCCCUGACAGCCCAAUGCAUUGCCGAUCGUCUAGGUAUUACCGAAGUCCAUGCCGGUGUCUCUCCACAAGGCAAAACGCACAUCAUUCAACAGAUGCAAGCAGAGCGUCAGAGAAAAAAAUCGACCUGGCUACCCUCCCCCUGCCUCGGUGGGCCGCGCUCUCUCUCUUCUCGCCCUGCGAUCGUCGCCAUGGUCGGCGAUGGCAUCAACGACUCUCCCGCCCUCGUCGCCUCCAACCUAGGCAUCGCUUUAUGUAGCGGCACCGAUAUCGCCAUCGAUGCCGCCGACGUCGUGCUCAUGCGCAACGAUUUAACCGAUGUCGUUACCGCGCUCUCGCUGUCCAAAAGCAUCUUUCGUCGCAUCCAACUCAACUUACUCUGGGCCUGUAUCUACAAUCUCAUCGGUAUCCCCCUCGCUAUGGGCUUGUUCAUGCCCCUCGGUCUGCAUCUCCAUCCCAUGAUGGCCGGUAUCGCCAUGGCCGCGAGCUCCACAAGCGUCGUCUUGAGUAGCUUGAUGUUGCGUUGGUUUUGGCGUAAAACACCCAUCUCGGAAGCCGAUGAUUUUGAAGUCAAGAAAAACCAUCCUCUCCUUCGACAAUGGCAACAGUGGUGGACCCACGUGAAAGGUGGACAAAGAGGUGCUUAUCAUCCUUUAUCCACCGUGGCUCAGCAACCCGAAGAAGAAGCGUAUGAUUUAGAAAGCUUAUCUCCUCGUUAGAACGCUAUCAUUAUUUUUAUUUUUAUUUUUUUUAUUUUUUUUUUUUUGUAUUUUUACAUGUUGCC